AUGGAGGCAGAUAUUGCGGUGGGGCGUGGCCCCCGGGACUCUGCAGUGGUGGUGCUCUUCAACUUUAUUGGGGGUCCUACAUGCUUGGUGUCGUCUCACUUGUGUGGGGUGGGAGGGGAGAAGAGGAGCUGCGUCCCGUUAUGGAGAACGGACCUGGAUGGAUCCAAGCUCAGGGGAUGUCCCAACCUGGCCCGCGUGACCCACAGGAACUGCAGCCUGCAAAGAGGUCACCUUCUGCAGCCAGGGCGAGGCGGGGACACUGCCGGGCGGUCAGAGUUGGAGGACGGCCUCGGAAGGCCCCGCCCCGCGGCCCCCGGUGGGCGGGGCCGCCCUGCCACGUGCUCCGACGCAGGGUUCCGCCCUCCGGCCGGACUGAGCUUCUGGAACGCCGGCCGGCCCCGCGGCGUCUCUCACAGCUCGGCGGCGGACGGCUCGGCUACGGCGGCGAGCAUGGCAGCGGCGGCGGCCCGCGGGGUUGGGGCGAGGGCGGCGGCCGCCUUGAGGGGCGGCUGCGGGGUUGUGGGGCGCGGGCGGCCGCAGGCGGCCACCACCCGGCCCUUAUGCACUGCCCCCGGGGCCGCCCCGGACAUGAAGAGCUACCUGUGGGAUCGCUACCGGGAAGCGAAGCGGAGCACGCACGAAUUGGUUCCUUCAGUUAUGAGCAACUUGUUGAAUCCAGAUGCCAUUUUCUCGAACAAUGAAAUGAGCCUGUCGGAUAUUGAGAUCUAUGGCUUUGAUUAUGACUACACCCUGGUGUUUUAUUCGAAGCACCUGCACACACUGAUAUUUAAUGCUGCUCGGGACCUUCUCAUCAAUGAACACCGGUACCCUGCAGAGAUCCGGAACUAUGAGUAUGACCCCGACUUUGCCAUCCGUGGACUGCACUACGAUGUCCAACGGGCGAUCCUGAUGAAGAUUGAUGCAUUUCAUUAUAUCCAGUUGGGAACGGUCUACAGAGGCCUCAAUGUGGUCCCUGAUGAAGAGGUCAUUGAAAUGUACGAGGGGUCCCAUGUGCCCUUGGAGCAGAUGAGUGACUUCUAUGGCAAGAGCUCGCACGGGAACACCAUGAAACAGUUCAUGGACAUCUUCUCCCUGCCAGAGAUGACACUCCUAUCAUGUGUGAAUGAGUACUUCCUGAAGAACAACAUUGACUAUGAGCCUGUGCACCUGUACAAAGAUGUCAAGGAUUCCAUCCGGGAUGUGCACACCAAAGGGAUCAUGUACCGGGCCAUAGAAGCUGAUAUUGAGAAGUAUAUCUGCUAUGCUGAGCAGACCCGUGCUGUGCUGGCUAAGCUGGCAGACCAUGGCAAGAAGAUGUUCCUCAUCACCAACAGCCCCAGCAGCUUCGUGGACAAAGGCAUGAGGUACAUCGUGGGCAAGGACUGGAGGGACCUGUUUGAUGUGGUCAUAGUUCAGGCGGAGAAGCCCAACUUCUUCAAUGAUAAGCGGAGACCUUUCCGGAAAAUGAAUGAGAAAGGUGUCCUACUCUGGGAUAAAAUCCACAAGUUGCAGAAGGGCCAGAUUUACAAGCAGGGCAAUUUAUAUGAGUUUCUGAAGCUCACCGGAUGGCGAGGCUCCAAGGUGUUGUAUUUUGGAGAUCACAUAUACAGUGACCUGGCGGACCUGACCCUGAAGCAUGGCUGGCGAACUGGCGCCAUCAUCCCGGAGCUAAGAUCCGAGCUCAAAAUCAUGAACACGGAGCAGUAUGUGCAGACCAUGACCUGGCUGCAGACCUUGACUGGGUUAUUGGAGCAGAUGCAGGUUUACAGAGAUGCAGAGUCACAGCUGGUUCUGCAGGAGUGGAAGAAGGAGCGUAAGGAGAUGAGAGAAAUGACCAAGAAUUUUUUCAAUGCCCAGUUUGGAAGCUUGUUUCGCACAGAUCAGAACCCCACCUACUUUCUGAGGCGCCUGUCCCGAUUUGCCGACAUCUACAUGGCUUCGCUGAGCUGUCUCUUGAACUACGAUGUAAGCCACACGUUCUACCCCCGGCGGACUCCGCUGCAGCAUGAGAUCCCCGCCUGGUCUGACAUGCCGGCUGCCUGCAGAGCCCCGCUCCUGCACGAGGCCCAGGCCAAGUAACCACACUCCCGCCUUCUGGAAAGGGCCAGAAGUGGUGGUGACCCCACAUUGGGACGGCAUGACCAGGUUGGCUUUGUGUGGGUCUGAGUUGCUUUUGGAAAAGAUACCUGUAUGCCAUUUGACCUUGACUUGGUACCUUAUGGAGAAUACCCUGCAGACAGGAGCUCUCAGUGUGCUGGUUGCAUCUCCCUCCACUCUUGAGGCUGAAGGGCAGACUUCACAUGGAAAACCCUGACCCAGCCUUUUGGUUCACCAGGGUCCAAGAACGGACAUCAGGUUACCUGGGUGAGCUGAACCCGCUCGCUGCAUCUGUGUAUUCCGGCAAGUCGAGAGCGAACACUGUUCUCACUUCCACCGUGGAAUGACUGCUGCACAUCUGCAGGCGGUGCAUGAGGGCCCGCAGGGUCCCAAGGCUACACAGAUGUGCGGUGGGUGCUCUAAAUGCUGAAGAGCCAGUGAGCUGUACCAUGGGCACGUGCCCCAGAAGGUGGCAGAGGUGAGCUCCAUGCUGUGUGACCCUAAGGUGUUGUGGUCCUUUGCAUCACAUGAAGAGAACUCUACGUCCCUGGAAGGACUUUGCUCGAGAAAAAGCAAGAACCCUUUGUCCUCAGCGUGUGCUUUCUGUGCCAGCCUCCACACGGGGAGGUGGGACCAGGGGUACAGGUUGACCCAUUCCCCAGGCAGGGGAAUGGAGGAGGUGAGACUCAGCAGAGCCAGAAACCCUGCAUGAAGCCUCCCAAUGCCUAGCACACCUGUACCUCCCUCCCACGUGCUGGCUUCAUGUACUUAUUGGAGGAGGCAAAAUGAAACGGGAAAACAUCAAUGGGAUGAAACCCAGCACCAUCCUGCAGCAGCCGCUGGGUUAAGUUGGAGUCUUCUGCAGCUAAGGGGCACAUUCCCUGAAAACACAGGCAUUCCCUGAAACCAUCCUCAACCAGAAGUGAAGCAAGGGGCCUGCUUCCCAUCCGUGGAAGCAGGGAAUGAGGCUGCCGACCUGGAGCUAUCUCUCUGCCUCUUCUCUCAGCUUUGUUUCCUGUCGGGUGCAAGUGGCUCUGUGGGAGCUGGGGAGAGGAUGUGGGACAUUGAAGCCGAUGGUUAGAUCUGAUGUAGCUGACUGAGCGCUUCCCAUUUCUCAUGCAAGUGGUGAAUGUUCCUUUUGUUUUCAAUUUUAGAGAAGAAUCCUUUAUCAUGUCAGUAUCCUUCAACAGAGUUUCUGUGUUCUCAGUGGGCCGGUGGAGUGCCUGCUGCUGUCAGUUUAUGGUGCUGUUGAUAAUGUUGUCAUUGCAUUUGCUGUGUGUAUACUUCUGCUCAGAUGAGUCUCAUCUCCAGUUGCUGAAUUGCAUUUUAAACCUUUGCUGGGAUGUGUUUUCUUUGAAGAAUGAUCAGAGCUAAAGGGGGCUUGGUUAUGGAGAGUGCUUGCCUAUUGAGCCUUUGUAUUGUGCUAAAUGUAUUGUUGUCAGGCUAACUUGGCAUUCCACAGGCUACCUGCCAAAACACAGCAGCUGGAGGAGUGCUGUGGCAUCUUCAUAAUGCUUCUUUGUGGGAGUGUCCUUGUGGCAUUUUGUUGUGUUGAAUUAUAAUGGAGUAGGUAACUCUUAAGACCCAAGUAGGUCCCCUCUUUUCUUCUAAUCCAGGGAGGGAUAAUAAGUCCAAUGGUCUGUUUUGGGUUUGGAACUGAACAGGCAUCUUAUUUGCUGCUUGUUGGCUCCUGGGUGCCCCAGUCCUUGGAGGGUGUCGGAGGCUGACAUGUCAUGGGUGCAGGUGUUGCGGGUUGCUGCUCAGUGGCAUAGUCCAACAGGCGCUCUGGGCUUGUCAUUUCUUCUUUGGAGAAGCAGUGUAAAGUGUGUAGACUUUGCCUAAAAACCAACUCAGUUUGGUAUUAAAUUAGAUAUUCUUCUGUGGUUCGCUUUGUGCCAGUUACAGGGUGUUUUGUUUACUUUUAAGAAGUAGAACUGCCUUGAAAACCUGUGUUCAGGGUGGGUGAACUCAGCCAACUCCCAGGCAUGAGGAAUGGAUUUUCCAAUAUAUUCCCUAAUGGAAGCACUGCAGCCUGCAGGCCACUGAGCUCAGCAGAAGCCUGGCAGAGGCCUGGCACCUUACUGUUACUGUGUGGUAACAGUACAGGGCCCAGCAGCACCAUCCCCACAGCGGGCACUGCCACAGCGCCGCUUGUUGUGGGGCCGACUGUAGUCAGGACAUCCUAGUGUGCCACUCUCAGGCCCCUCAGCUGGCGUCUGUCCCACCACACUGGAUGCCACAUUAUUUCCAGGUCAUUUGCUGGUGGUGAGCACGCUGGGGGGAAGUAUGUUGGGUAACAGAAAUGUUUUCUCCCACUUAACAAUAUCAAUCUGGAAAGUAAAGCAUGCAGUUGGUUUGACCAUUUAAAAAAUUACUGUUUUGAACAUUGCUUAGGCUGAUUUUAUAAGAAUCGUGUGAAUACAUUCAAGCUUUGAGUGUGGUCCCUGCCAGCUAUGAUGGUCUAGCGCCCUUGGCAGGGGCUUGCAGACUGAUUUUCUGAAAUUGCUUUUAUGCUGAAACCUGAGUUUUAAUAUAUUUUAGGUGUUCCACCUUUCUUCCUAACAUCUCUUAAAAUUUUCAUCAUUAUUCGUACCAUGUGGCAUAUACCGCAUGCGCUGGACUCAUGCGUAUCUCUCAGACUAAAUUGCUAGUUGCUUUGAAUUCAUCGGGCCUCUUAAUUACUGCAGAGGAGAAACAAAAAGCCAUCUUGCCUGCUGUGUAAUUUAGGUUUGGAUGAACUGAAUGGCUUUUCCUCUUCUCUCCUCUCCAAAGGCCUAUUAAGUAACGGAGAGGAUGUGAAAUACUGAAACUGAUUUCCACUUUGGCACCCGCUCAUUUGCUGCCAAAGACCCUCUUGGGGCCCUUGGCUAGGAGGCUCUUGGACUAAAUAGGACUGACACAGGGUCCUGUGAUUGCUGUAGUAAACAGAGAAUCUAUGCUUUGUCCUCUUAAUUCAUUUUGUACCUUCUUUUUUCUUUGCUUUAGCAUUUGGGAGCUUAGGUCAAAAUUCAGCUGAGCUCUGACAUCACCAAUGGGCUACGGAAAGGGAGGGGAAGGGAGCAAAAUUCCUGACAUAUCUGGGAUUGGCAUUGGCAAACUUGUUCCUGUAAAGGGCCAGUUAGGAAGCCAUGUGGGCCAUCCAUUGGCUGCUGCUGCUUCUCCAGCGAUGGCCGUGCUGUGCUCCAGCACAACUUGACCGGACCGUGACAGGCUAUGGGCUGCCCUUGAUCUUGGGCUGUGGCUUGCCAGCCUGCUGUGCUGAGCGAGAUUCCUUUGACGAUCAUGUGCAGGUGAAUGACCUCACAGAUGCGAUGCAGGGAGUAGAAAGUAGUGUGCCAGGUUCCCUUCAGAGCCACAUUCUGUGUGUGGCCAGUGGUGACCUUUUGUGUCUCCAGCGUGUGUCCUUCUUGCUUGGUUGCAUAUUCUUGAGCUAUGGGGCCCAGGGUUUUGUCAAUUGGAUAAACUUCUUGUUGUCCUCGUUUGUAAUUGUACUGCUCCUGGGGGCUGCUGGGAAGGUUGCUGGCUGACCCCUGCAGCUGGCGAUCCUCUUGGGGAGCUUGCUGGGUGGAAGAGCCCUCCCUCACCUCAAGUUGUGCCCCUUUCCUGGAGCAGCCCUGACUGCUCCAUGGGACUCUGGAUGCCAGUCCCUACCCCCGCCUGCUCUAAGAGUGCUCCCUGUGGGGUCUGUCUGCAGCCCAGCCCCUACACUCCGCUGUCCUUCCUUCCUUCCUUUCCCCUUUCCAGGUGGCGAUCUGAGCAGCAGUCCCUGGAAGCCCUCGUGCACAGCGGCUGCAUCUCAGCCCUCACUGAGCCCGCUGUGCAAUUGCGUGGGCAUCCCUGCCUUCCUGUCUGUAUAGAUGUGGGCUCUGACUUCGGGGACUGUCCUGACCAUUGGGUGGAAUGACAGAUUGUACUUGUGCAACAUCCAGCACAAUACAUGCAGAUUAGGUAGCUGAACUAUUUAUUCUGAAUGUGAAUUUGCUAUUUAUUCUGAAUGUUGAUUUCAUGUGUUGUGAUAAUGAGCUUAUUGCCAAUAAAAGUUUGCACCGUGUUGUUG